AUGGUGGACGCAUCCAUCAAGAAUUUGAAGGAACGUGGCGGCUCAUCGCUUCUGGCAAUUAAGAAAUACAUCACUGCCACCUAUAAAUGCGAUGCCCAGAAGCUGGCUCCAUUCAUCAAGAAAUACUUGAAAUCGGCCGUGAAGGAUCCGAAGCCGAAGCCUGCGUCUGCUGAGAAGAAGGUGAAAAGCAAGAAGGUAGCCGUCAAGAAGACCGGAUCCACCGCCAAGAAAGCUGCCGCCGGAGCUGACGAGAAGAAGCCCAAGGCUAAGAAGGCUGUUACCACCAAAAAGACCGCAGAGAAGAAGAAAACCGAAAAGGCGAAGGCCAAGGAUGCCAAGAAAACUGGAACCGUAAAGGCGAAGCCAACAGCAGCGAAGGCCAAGUCGAUCGCAGCGAAGCCGAAGGCGGCGAAAGCACCAAAGGCCAAGCCAGCGGCGUCUGCUAAGCCCAAAAAGGCGGUGAAAAAAGCAGCUGCUCCUGCUACCGCUAAAAAGCCGAAAGCCAAGACUACGGCUGCCAAGAAGUAA